CAGAAAAUCACCUCAAGCACAUUGAACCUGCAACCGAACAUGGCGAGCUUUUUCGACCUCAAGGCCCGCAAGGAAGCUGCUGCUACCAAUGGCUCUUCCAAAAGUGCCCCUGCUGCGAAAGAGACGAAUCGAAUGCAACCAUGGGUUGAGAAAUACCGUCCGAAGAAUCUCUCGGAUGUCACAGCUCAAGAUCACACCAUCACCGUCCUACAACGAACUCUACAGUCCUCCAAUCUCCCCCACAUGCUCUUCUACGGUCCCCCAGGCACAGGAAAAACAUCCACCGUCCUCGCACUCGCAAAGGAGCUCUACGGCCCCGAACUAAUGAAAACCCGCGUCCUGGAACUCAACGCCUCCGACGAACGCGGAAUAUCCAUCGUCCGCGAGAAAGUCAAAAACUUCGCACGAAUGCAACUCGCGCAGCCGACCGCCGCCCAACGAGCCCAGUACCCCUGUCCCCCUUAUAAAAUCAUUAUAUUGGAUGAGGCGGACUCGAUGACGCAGGAUGCGCAGAGCGCGUUGAGGAGGACGAUGGAGACGUAUAGUAAGAUUACGAGGUUUUGUCUUAUUUGUAAUUAUGUGACGAGGAUUAUCGAUCCGUUGGCGAGUCGGUGCUCGAAGUUCCGGUUUAAGAGUUUGGAUCAGGGGAAUGCGAGGGCGAGGGUGGAGGAUAUUGCGAGGAAGGAGGGGGUCAGGUUGGAGGAUGGGGCGGCGGAUAUGUUGAUUAAGUGCUCGGAGGGGGAUUUGAGGAAGGCGAUUACUUUUUUGCAGAGUGCGGCGAGGUUGGUGGGUGCGGUAGGGGAUGAUGGAGAGGAGGAGGAGGACAAGAUGGAUGUGGAUGAGAAAGAGGAGAAAUUGGUUACGGUCAAGAGUGUGGAGGAUAUUGCUGGUGUGAUUCCGGAUGCUACUAUUGAAGGUCUUGUCCAGGCUAUGCGGCCAAAAUCUAGAGGCUUGGUGUAUGAAGCUGUUUCGAAGCAGGUCACUGACAUGGUUGCUGAUGGAUGGAGUGCCACACAAGUUAUCACUCAGUUAUUCCCAGCCAUCAUCUAUGACGAAGCUAUCGCAGACAACCAGAAGAACAAGAUUACGCUCAUCUUCUCAGAAGCUGAUAAGCGACUGGUGGAUGGCUCGGACGAGCAUCUCACAAUUCUUGAUUCAGCAUUAAGGAUAUCUGGUAUUCUUGCAGGAGCUUAGUAGUGACAAGACUGGGAUUGCAUAGCAGGAUAUAUGGCGUUCAGGGUGGAUCUGCGGGACAUCAAAAUAGCUGAGAUGUAUAUGAUUUGAUGAUUGCUUGAUCUCCGAAGGUGAUGAAGGAAUAACACGAAUAUCAUACAGCUGAAUCAAAG